UCACCUCACAAAAGAAACGUCUCUUUGGGUCUCACUUUCUCGUUUGCACUAGAAGCUUUGAUUAUUUUUAACACAAGGCUAAAUAAGUAGCUAUAUUCGUUUGCCAUGGAUCAACCACCACCGUACCAGCCAGAGUUUGUCCCAAUGAAAGGAAAUAAGUACAUGCGUCUUGAAGACACUCACGGAGCGCCCAAGUUCCAACAUACCGUCGUCUUGGGACAGCCACAGCCCGUUGUACCUCAUCCCAGGGAUCACAUUAUCUGGUCACUUUGCAGUCUCGUGUAUGGCAACCCAUUCUGUCUCGGAAUGUUAGCGGUGUAUUUCUCUAUAAAGUCCAGGGACAGGAAGAUGGUUGGAGACUUGGAGGGAGCAAGAAAACACGGGAAGACUGCAUGCUGCUUUAAUACUGUGACCCUGACUUUGGUAAUCCUCGGGCUGCUCUUCUUCUUCAUCACCUAUGGUAUCAUCAUCUACCAAGUUACACACUGAGGAGAUCCAGUCUUUGCUUUUGUAAAAACAAGUGUUCAUUUGAAGUCUUGGCAGGUGUUAUACACCUGUAGGAUUGUGUCCUGAUACAUUUCAGCUCAUCUCUUAAACACACACACACAGCACAGAUGUUCCUUCAGCACUGUCUA